AUGCCUGAGGCAGUGCAUCUGCAGAUCUUCCUCGGUGCAGGCCUGUCCCUCCUCUGCCUCAGCAUCCUCCUGGGCUGUGCCAUGUGCUGGUGGCACCGCCGGCGCCCAAGUCCCCACCCCAGCCGGGAGUGGGCAGCCAUGGAGCUGGGACCUGCUCUGCCUGCCGUGACUGUGCCAGUGCCCAUCCAGCAACAGUAUGAGGAGAUGGCAGGAGAGGUGGUGGGUGCUCAGGCAAAAGAGGGUUCCUUGGCACCACCAGCAUCCUAUGGGAGUUUGCUCCGUGUCAGAGCAUCCUUGCCCGCUCUCCCCUUCCUCCCGCAGCUGGCGGGAGCGUGGCAGCGCUGCUGCACCAUCUCUGGAGCCAAACUCCUCCGCAACACGGAGAGCCCGCUGGUCCACCCCGUCACAGGAUCCCCACUGCCCUCCGAGCAGCGUCCCCGGCUCCACUGCGACUUGUCCUACUCACCACCCGAGGCCACUCUCACCGUGACAAUUCUCGGCGUCUCCCACCUGCCCAAGGGGCUGCAGGACGACCGGGGCUCCUACGUCAAGGUGUACCUGGUGCCGCGGCUCCCGGCGUGCCAGCGCGUGGCCGUGCGCCGCCGGAGCCUCCGCCCUGCCCCCCUGGAGCCGUGCCAGUUCGGCCCAUACAGCCCAGAGGAGCUGAGCAGCUUCACCCUGCGCUUCGCUGUCUACGCCAGGUCGCGCAGCCUCAGGGACUCUUUUGUGGGGGAGGUCCUGUUCCCCUGCGCCCAGGCCUCUUGGGACCCCCAGGCCUCUUCCAGCUACACCUGGGAGCUGGCGAGCACCAAAACCAAGCUCAGGAAGAGAAGGUUUCACGGCGUCUCCUGCUCUCUCCUCCCAUUCCAGUGCCUCAGAGCCCACAACAGGAGCUGCAGCGUCCUCUCCUCAUCACCCAAAUCCCUCGGCCAGCUCUUCCUUCUCCUCCAGUACCAGGCUCUGGCCAGCCGCAUCAAGGUGCUGGUCCGCAAGGCACAGGGCCUGGGCCGGCUCUCACACAUGCCAGGCAUGCCAGGUAGGACACGGGACAUGGACCAGGAGGUGAGGAGAUGCCCAGGUGGGCACAGGGGAUGCGAGGUGAGGACUUCAGAGGUCCCUGCUCCAGACCCCAGAGGGGCAGGUGAAACCUCAGGAGCUGUCUGUGCUCUUCCCAUGGUUCCACAGAGGUUCUGUAGCCCCCCUGGCACAGCUGGGGAACUUCCAGCCUCCCUCCCUGCCAUGUGUCCAGAGCAGGUCCCUCUCUCCAUGGCUCUGUCUCCGUUUCCAGGUCACUACAUCAUCAUCCACCUUUACCACAAUGGCUGUGUCAUUGACACCAAGGAGACCAAGUCCAUCAGUGGCUACAACCCUGUGUGGAACAAGCCUUUCCUCUUCAGCAUCCCUGCUGGGGAUAUCCAGCAGCAAGAGCUGGCAUUGGAGUUCAUUGUCAUGCAGGUGAGAUGGAUGGAGGUGACCAUGGCUGUGAAGGUGACCUGGAUCUCCUGUGCUCCUGCACCUGGGGGGCUUAGCCCCCAGAGGAGCCAUUUCUUGAUGCCCACAGGAGGUUGCUGGGGUGGGAUCACUCUUUUUGGGACGAUGGAAAGCCACCAGCCAUGUCCCAUUUCCCCUCUCCUGCCACAGGCUCGCCUCCACACCCGUGGCUCUGCGCUGGGCUGUGUGCGGGUGGGGCCACGUGCCCCUGGGACCGGGCUGCUCCACUGGAGGGACAUGUGCAGCCAGGGACCACUGGAGUCAGAGCAGUGGCACCAGAUCCAGCCCAACACCCUCAGACCCUGAUCCUGCCCACAGUCCACAGACAGGGCUUGCCCAGGACUCAGGUGCCCACAGGAGUGAGCCAAAUGGGAUCUCCGAGCCAUGGAGAGGUGAGGUCUCACCCGCACAUCAUUGUGGGAUAAGUCUGGGCUCCAACUCCAGGACUGGAGAUCAGUGGUGGUCGGCACAACCCCUUCCUGAACGGCUCUGGAGGAGACUGAGCCUGUCUGAGGUGGCUUCAACACUGGGGAGAGAAGAGGAGCCUUUCUCUGUUCUGUCCACCAUCACCACCUCGGUGACUACACACGGAACCUUGGCUGUUGCAGGAGAUGGGUGGGAAGAUCAUCCAGCUGGGAGAGCAGCCCCAUGGCCACCACAGUGGUUGCAUCUACUGCCCCUUCCAAGCCACCAUCACUAGCCCACCCUUCCCAUUCAGCCCCCUGAGCUCGGACACACCUGAGAGAGGACCUGCUGAUAUCACCUGGUGAGAAAGAUGUCCACUGGCAUUUUUAAUUAAUUGCUGACCCAAACAAGUGGUUGAUAAACAAAUAAAGGGGUCAGGGAUGAUUGCAUGUGUGGAGUCAGUGGAAUUCUGUCCUACCCAUGGGCCAGCAGUGUCCAUGGUCCACCAUGUCCUCUGGAGCGGUGGCCUGGGUGAGAAGGGAGGUCACCUUGAGGGGUGGGAGAGAGCAAAUCCCUGCCUGGUGCUAAUUAGUGAAUUAUCAGGACUGAGGCCCCUCUCCAAGUGGG